UUGUCCUUCCGUUUAACAUGGCGUUUCAUAUCGACAUGUGCGGAUAUAUUCGUAUAAAAAUGUUGUGUUAGUUUAUUUUACAAGUGUUGAAUACAUAUUUAUUGCUGUAUUUUAAGUUCCAAUAGGUAGUAGCGUCAUUAUUUUGUUACAUAACGGGUUUAUCGUAUUAUAUGUAACAUACCAAGUCAAGUAUUACAAUGGUGAAAACCCGUCGAAGUAACGGAGAGAAUGGGGAGGUUGACGAUGGGAAUUACGCUGUAAACGACGUUGGCAGUAUUUCUGAUGAGAAGGCAAGCAAUUGGUCUCAACGAGAGUUGAGGAGUAGUCAGUAUAAAGUUACUAGAACAAUCCAACACUGGCCUACUAAAUAUAGUCGCAGACGCUGCACCAUCAAGAUGCCUCGUAUUGUGUUUAAUGAAAGUGAUACGGAACCCGAAAAAUAUUCCCGAAGAUCUAGGCAAGUGAGAGUGUUCUUUGCUGAAGAUAAUGAGCCCACCAAUAGUGUCCGUCGCAGUCGUGGUCCAAGGAAGAAUUACGUAGAAGACAGUGAAGAUAAACCUAUACAAGAGAACGUAAGAAGAAGCUGCCGCAAGCGUAAGCUCCUACAUCACAAUUUCAAUGAGAGUUGGAUAACUAAUGAAUUGAAAGUCAAAGGCUAUCCAGAUUUGUAUGGCUUCCACGGGACUAGUUCUUCAGAUGAGUCAUACUCUGGCGAUGAAACUAGAAGAACUCCAAAAAAAAUGACCAACAACCAUGUCCCCACUAAUAUAGAUGAAGAUACACAGCUCUCAAGACAAAGACGAACAUCCGCACGGUUUCUCAAUAAGAAGUCCAAUGAAGCAACUGAAUCGGAUUCUGAAGAGGAACCAAAUCAAACUGUCAUUGAAAAAAAACCUUCAACAGAAACUAAAAAAGAAGAAGAGAAGAUGGAAGUCCAGUCCAUUGAAGAUGUAAAAGCUGAAAGUGAACAAAAUAUUCAGGCACCAGACACUGAAAGUAAUCAAGCUCCUGCAAGAUCAACCAGAAGUAGCAGAGGGAGGGGUCAAACAAAGAAAGAAGAUAGUCAGGAGACAGCAUCCGAUACAUCGUCGUCGGAAAGUGGGAGCGAGCUGACGAUGGGUGGCCAGCCGCGCCGCUCUAACCGUACACGCAAACCUAAACCUGCUUUCGUACAAAUCGCCCAGGGACAGACCCGUAGCAGAGCAAAAACAUUUACAAUAAGAAAGAAACCAUAUUCGUUGAGAGAGAGGAAACCAAAAAUUUUACGCAGGAAGACAAUCAGAUCACAAUCGCCGUCCAGUACAAGCAGUAGUAGUACAACGAGCUCCGAUACAGAAGAAGAUCUAAAUGUUUCUAUGAAAAAUAAGACUAAGGGCAGGCAAAAGACAAAAGCCAUGGAUGACAAGAAAACAGAUAGAGCAUUAAGAGAUAUACAGCCUGUUGAAGUUGAUGGCAGUGUGAGAUUCUCAUCGGUGGGAGGUCUGGAAGAACAUAUAAAGUGCCUCCGAGAGAUGGUGCUCUUUCCUCUCAUGUAUCCGAACUUAUUUCAAAAGUUUAACACGAGGCCGGCAAAAGGAGUGUUAUUCCACGGCCCACCAGGCACUGGCAAGACACUGUUGGCGAGAGCUUUAGCCAACGAAUGUAGUCUGGUCGGUGGACGGAAAGUGGCAUUCUUCAUGAGGAAAGGAGCAGACUGUUUGAAGAAGUGGGUCGGUGAGAGUGAAAGGCACCUCAAACUGUUGUUUCAACAGGCAAACAAGAUGAAACCGUCGAUAAUAUUCUUCGACGAGAUUGACGCGCUGGCGCCGGUGCGGAGCGUGCGUCAGGAACAGGUGCACACCAGCGUCGUCGGCACGCUGCUCGCAGAGAUGGACGGACUCACCGACAGAGGCGAGGUGAUAAUAAUCGGCGCGACGAACCGGCUGGACGCCGUGGACCCGGCGCUGCGGCGCGCCGGCCGCUUCGACCGCGAGCUGCACUUCCCGCCGCCGCACGCCGCCGCCAGGAGGGACAUCCUGCACAUCUACACGCAGCACUGGCGCCCGGCCCUCGCCCCCGCGCACCUCGACCGCGUCGCGCACCUCACCAACGGGUACGGAGGUUCGGAUUUAAAAGCGCUGUGUUCGGAAGCUGUACUUAAAGCUUUAAGAAGAGUGUACCCUCAAGUUUAUGAAAGUGAACAUGCAUUACUUAUAGACCCAGAAAAUGUGGAGGUGACGGGCGAGGACCUGGUGUGUGCGCUGGGCUCGCUGGUGGCGGCGGGCGCGCGCGCGCAGCCGGCGGUGUCGCGGGCGCUGCCGGCGCGCGCGCUGCCGCUGCUGCACGCGCAGCUCACCGCCGCCGAACGAGCGCUCGCCGCCGCCGCUCCCGACCGGUCGGAAGGUGCGGGCACGUUUCUGAUAGCGGGCGAGUGUGCAGACUCGUUGUUGGGUCCGGCGCUGCUGGCGCGCCUCGAGCGGGCCACCGUACGAGAACUCAGCCUCGCCACGCUGCACUCUGCGCACGUGCUCACCCAGGAACAGGCGCUCAUAUCGGUGUUCUCUGAGUGCCGGCGUGCGGAGGGCGGCAGCGUAGUGGUGAUGCGCGACGCAGGAGCCGUGUGGGCGGCGCUGGGCGGCGCCAUGGGCGGCGGCGCCCUGCUGCUGCAGCUGUGGAGAUCGCGCGCCGCCGGGGCCCGCACGCUGCUGCUGGCCACCGCGCCCGCGCCGCGCCACCGCCUGCCCGCCGAGCUGCAAGAAUUAUUCCCGCUAUACAAAGAUUGUACAUACAAUAUUCGGGAGCCAAACGUGUCUGAAGUUAUUACUUUUCUGAAGCCGGUAAUAGCCGAAGCGCUGUUACCACCACCGCCCAUUGAGAACAACGAGCCACUGCCUCCAUUACCUAGAGCUCCACCACCUCCACCGCCGAGAGAGAGCGAGGAGGAGAUAGCGCGUCGCAAACGCAAGGAGGACUACAAACUGCGAGAACUGAGGAUAUUCCUGCGCGACAUCUGCCGGAAAUUAGCGUCGAACCGACGCUUUUAUAAGUUCACAAAGCCUGUCGAUCUGGAAGAGGUGACUGACUAUUUAGAUAUAAUAAAGCAACCGAUGGAUCUGGAGACUAUGAUGACGAAGGUGGACAUGCAUAAGUAUAACUGCGCCAAGGAGUUCCUCGAUGACAUCGACCUUAUAUGUGCUAAUGCGCUAGAAUAUAAUCCAGACAGGGCUAGAGGGAUGUAUAGGACGUCGUCGGACAAGCAGAUCCGUCACGAGGCGUGCUCGCUGCGGGACCACGCGCACGCGCUCAUCGACGUCGAGAUGGACAGCGACUUCGAGCUCGAGUGCCGCGACAUCGCGCGCCGCCGCCGCCGCCUGCCAGCCCAGCCCGACCACGACCUGCCCGACUUCAUAUACACCGCCUCCAAUUUACGCCACGGUUUAGACUCCACAGCGAACGAUAGCAAAACGGCGCAAACUCCACAAAACGGCGAAAAGAGUGAGACGCAGUCUGCAAAGCGCAAGCGCAGGCGCAUCAACGCGUGGUCUAAGGGGCUCGUUGUUAAACGACAGAAGACUUCACAGAAGAGUUUGAAGGACACAAGCAUGGCAAUAACGGACGAGGAGUCGAAGGAGAAUAAGCCGAUCACAUCGACGCCACUGCCGAUGGCCAACGGCGACGGCAGCUCGUCCGCCUCCGACGACGACGCGCCGCUGCGUCCGCCCAGCGACGAACUACUGCACAUCACCGCGCAGCCGCCCAACAACCACCUGUUAGAGAGUCCAACAAAAUCCACAGAAAAGACCACUACAAAAACAUCACCAAACAAAAGAAAUUCUGGGCACGAUACAGCAAAUGGAGAUGGCGACAAAGUACUGAUAAACAAGACUGAGUUAGAUAACGUUGUAUAUAAGAAUGCGAAGGCGUUGAGGUCUAUAGGUCUCGAGGCGCUCCUGGACCUUGAAGAGCAGCUAUCAGCGGUAGUACGAUCGUACUCCACAAAGCUGGACCGCACUAAAUUACCGCAAGAUCUCCACGCCAUUGUGAAUAGAUACCUGCAGUUAGCGAAGAAAUGAAAGUAAAUACGAUGGAGUUAUGUGUUCAAGGCGUAAGGACAUCGAAUUUUAGAUAGAAAGGUUCGGUCCAUGUUUUUAAAGUAAAUUUGUUGGUGUAUUUAUGUGGAUAACGGAGAGUUGGAUUGGAUGAUUGAGACGUGAGGUGUGUCGUGUGUCGAUAUGACGCCUUUUGUUUACGCUGUCCACUUUGGAUGUAUUUAUAUUUAUUUUGUUAACCUUUAUUUUUGACAGACUAUUGUUUACUUUUUGUAGAUGUAUUUUGACUCGGAGAAAACGAAGUCACCUUUAAUUCUCGAUACUGCAUUAAACUUAGUAAGAGAUCUUAAUAUAAUUUUGAUAGUGUAAAGUUGUAUUACCGUGUUUACCUAUUUAAUUUUCUUUCCCGUAAUCUGUCGGUUGCAGAUCUGUGGUAGUCGGUAUAACAUAUCCGAUAGUAGGUGUAUAGCCCGAUAUAUUACAAAAAUAUAUAUACUUGACGAAUAUUCUACAGAAUACCAACACAUCGCAUAUGUUGGUGACAAUACAUUGUCACCAACAUAUGCGAUGUGUUGGUAUGAGAAUCCAGUAGAUAGUGUAUUGGGUAAUAUUACGUUUGUAAAAGUUUUGUAUAUACCAAAAACACGUUUAGGGUUUCGUUUUUCCGUGUUAUUUCCAAAAAUAAUCUUAGCUUUAUUGGAAGGGAUAGACAACAAUGCGCUCUGAUUGGUUUAUCGCGAAAAUC